UAAAAAAAAAUGAAUGAAUGUCCGCAUGUUUAUAAUUUGUUUACGUUUUUAGGAUAUACUGGUUAAUUAGUGGAAUAAAUUAAUUGCAAAACUAUGAUGAAGAAAAUGUGCUUUAGUGCUAAAUACGUUUUACGAUCAAAAAUUCAUAAUGGUGUGAAAUAACUAUAAAAAAGUUAAUAUGUACGAGUUUAAGUAAGAUUAACUAGAGUCAACAGAAACCCAGUGAUUACUUAUAAGUUCUACAACAAGAGUGCAAGUUAAUUGACCAAAAUGAUCAGCCAUCAAGUUUCGGAUUUGAUAUUGGGCUUAAAAUCUCGACACACUGAGACUCGACAUAAAGCCAUUCGAGAGCUUGUGCACUUUGUUAAAACUGACCUGCGAGAAAUGUCUCAAGAAUCAUUAACACAAGCUUUCGAUGAAUUUAAUCAACAAAUACAUCUUCUAACUUCAAGCUAUGAUAGCAACGACAAAAAGGCUGGAAUAUUGACUAUAGUUUGCUUAAUCAGUGGUGAUUCUGAGGCUCACAAAACAAGAAUAAACAGAUAUGCUCAAUACUUGAGAAACAUAUUUCCUUUAAAUGAUAUAAAUAUUUUAGAACUAGCUGCCAAAUCAAUGGGGCGAAUUGCCACAACACUAGGUAUAAAAAGAGGUGAAUUUGUUGAACUUGAAAUAAAGAGAGCUUUUGAGUGGCUGGCUGAAGAAAGAAAUGAAGGGAAAAGACUGUCAGCCUGUUUUAUAUUGAGAGAACUUGCAAUUGCUAUGCCUUCAUAUUUUUUUCAGCACAUUAACGGUUUUUUCAACUAUAUUAUGCUACCGCUACGUGAUCCUAAAGAGCAAGUUAGAGAAGCAGCAGGAAAGGCUCUAAGAGCUGCAUUUGUUGUUACCGCCCAAAGAGAAAUACCUGAACAAAGUAACAAGGCUCAUUGGUAUAUACAGUGUUAUGAGGAGGCCAUGGCUUCAUUUACUGACACAAUAGCAAGGGAACGAGUUUUAUGUAGAGAUGAUCAUGUGCAUGGAGCCUUGUUAAUUUUUAAUGAACUUCUUAGAUGUUCAAAUUCAAAUUGGGAGAAAAAAUACACAGCACUUAUGCAAAAACUGGACUCCGAACAAGAAAUAACUGAAGAAAUAAGCAGUUUAAACCGAAAAAAUCAUCCACUAUCAUAUUACAAUUAUGAUGAACGAAAUCAAUGUAUUAGCAUUUUUGAAUCUAGUAUCUGUAAAAAGUUAAUAACCGAAAAAUAUGAUAAAAUCGCUAUUGAUGUUAUGGCACAGCAAAUAUCUAGAUCCCACAGUGUACAUCAAAUGCUUCUGUUAAUAAUACCAAGAUUGUCAGCAUUUAAUAGAGAAGCAUUUGCAAGGAAGCAUUUAAAAUCUACAAUAAACCACCUGAUUACGUUUUUGAGAGGUAGAGAAAAAGAGAAAGCAAUGGCUUUCACAACUUUAGGGCUGAUAUGUGUUGCAAUGGAAGAUGACAUUCAGCAAUAUUUAUCGAGAAUUAUUGAAAUAAUAAAAGUGACUUUACCACUAAAAGAUGUACCAAAGAAAAGGAAUGGAACAGAAACCCCUCUGUUAAACUGUGUAACAUUGUUAGGUAUAGCAAUGAAGGAAAAUGUUUCAAAUGAAAUAAGAGAGCUUUUAGAUCCCAUUUGUGCCACUGGGUUGAGCCCACAAUUGACAACAUGUCUUAAGGAACUCAGUCAAAGUUUACCAUCUUUAAAAAAAGAAAUAACUGACAGAUUACUUCACAUUUUAUCUCUAAUAUUAAGAAAAAAACCCUACAUUUCCAGCAAUACAGAGUCUCCCUCAAUGCUAAUGUUAUCAACAGCAUUGUUAAUUGAGCCACAUGAUGCUGUUAAAUUAGUUUUAGCUCUACACACUCUUGGUACUUUUGAUUUUGAGUGGAACAAUACUCUUAUGUCUUUUAUUAGAAGAUGUACAGAUCAUUAUUUGCAGUGUGAACAGCAAGACGUACGCUUGGAAACUAUAAAAACUGUGGCAAAAUUGCUUAUUAAAGCCAUUGAAAGAAGUGCAUUCACAAAUUCGCGAACUUUAAAUUCUUUAAUUGAUGAAUCUCUAGGCAAACUUUUGUCAAUUGGUCAUUCAGAUUUUGACCACGAGGUUCGCUAUAGAGUGCUUGAAAUUUUUACUAAUCCAAUAUUUGAUAAGUACUUGGCCAUAGAAGAACAUCUCAGCUGUCUUUUUGUCGCAAUUAAUGAUUCAAACAGUGACGUAAGUGAAUUAGCUUUGUGUAUUGUUGGUAGAUUGAGCAACAUUAAUCCAAGUUAUACUACACCAGCAUUGCGUCAACUUUUUGUUCAAAUUUUAAUGGAACUGCAGUACUCGGAAUCAAGUCGAAAUAAGGAGCAAUCACUGAGAAUGGUUAACAAUAUUAUUUCUCAUGCUCCAAGAUUGACUCGACAAUUUGUAGAUACCAUUCUUAAGGUGCUUGUGCCCAAACUGACAGAGAGUGAGAGUAAUUCUGUUAUGAUAUCGACGAUUCUAAAAGCUAUAGGCGACUUGGUAGAAGUGAAUGGAGGAGGCAAUGCCUUGGUACAGUGGUUACCUGAUUUAAUUUCAGUACAGCUUGAAAUACUUUCGGAUCCAAAUCAACUAGAAAAAAGAAGUGUAGCAUUGUGGUCAUUCGGUCAAGUUAUCAGUGCUAUUGGAUAUGUAGUUACGCCAUACAUGGAGUUUCCUACUUUAAUGGAUAUGCUAUUAAAUCUUUUAAAAACUGAACAACACGCAAGAGACAGGCGAGAAAUUAUUCGUGUUUUGGGUCUUUUAGGUGCCUUAGAUCCCUACAAACAUAGGAUUAAUCAAGGGUUAAUUGACUUUCAAACAGUGUCCACUUUAAUACCUAUAACUGAUACGGCUUCCACUCACGAUAAUUUUGAUAUAAAUGUCAGUGAAAUGCUUGUCAGUAUGUCGCCACUAGUUUUGGACGAAUUCUACCCGGCUAUUGCCGUUACAUCCCUGAUGCGUAUAUUACGUGAUCCACUUCUAGCACAGCACCAUACAAGUGUGGUUCAUUCUGUUACUUAUAUAUUUCAAACUUUGGGUAUUAAAUGUGUCCCCUAUAUAUCGCGUGUUACACCCAGCCUCCUGUAUGUGAUUCGUACAACUGAUAACCACAACUUCAGGGAGUUCCUAUUCACAAAACUGGCAAUCAUUAUUUCAGUAGUUAAGAUCCAUAUACGGGCGUAUUUGGAAGAAAUAUUUGAUUUAAUUAAGGAAUAUUGGACGCCAGAUAGUCAGCUACAAAACACACUUAUUUUAUUAGUCGAACAUAUUACUGUAGCUAUUGGAACUGAAUUCAAGAUAUAUCUUCGAAAGAUACUACCAAAUAUCUUAAGAGUACUAAAAUGUGACAACAGCAAGGAUAAAAUUUUAACAGAAAAGCUAUUGUUGGCCAUACAAAAGUUUGAAAACAAUUUAGAUGAUGUCCUCUUGUCAAUAGUGCCAACUAUUACUGGGCUAUUCGAUGGCAGAAAUAUUCCGAUAUCAAUAUCAAAACUGGCAAUGGAGACUAUAGAACACUUGUCUAUGUAUUUGAAUUUUAGACCGUUUUCGGCAAUGAUAAUACAAGCACUAGCAAAAGUCUUGGAGAAUAGUCCAACUCUGCGCCAAACGGCAAUGAACACUCUCUGUGCACUUAUUGUCCAACUGGGACGGCAGUACAUAGACUACAUUCCCUCUGUUGAUCGAAUUUUGGUGAAAAAUAAAAUUCAGUCACCCAAUUACAUUGUACUUGUAACGAGACUACAAGUGAUUUCGACAUUAGCUUCAGAUGAUGAUUACUUAGAUGAAACCAGAUUAAGAUUACGAAAUCUGAAAACGGAUGUCGUAAGCAACAGUGAUCACCAAGCUAUUCAGAAGCUGACACUAAAUGUAGAUAAACUGCGAAAAUGUUGGUUGGUUAACAAUCUCAUAUCUAAGGAAGAUUGGUUAGAAUGGCUACGUCAAUUAAGUGUCGGAUUUCUUACUGAAUCUAAUAGCCCUGCUAUGCGAGCAUGUUCGAGUUUAGCACAAAAUUAUCCUCAAUUAGCAAGUGAUCUAUUCAAUGCUGCAUUUAUGUCUUGUUGGACUGAGCUGGGUGAGGAGCCUCGAUAUGAAUUAGUGACAGCCUUAGAGCGGGCCCUUUCAGUCCCCGAUGUGCCCGAGCUGGCUCUGGCUGUGCUUAACUUAGCGGAAUUCCUGGAACAUUGCGAAAAAGGCGCUUUGCCUAUAUCUAUUAAACUUCUCGGUGACACUGCAAUUACUUGUAGGGCUUACGCAAAAGCUCUAUACUAUAAGGAAGAAGAAUAUAGGAGAAAUCCUUCCACACAAGUUGUUGAGGCUCUUAUUCAUAUAAAUAAUAAAUUACAACAAAAAGAAUCGGCUAAUGGUUUAUUGGAAAAAGUAAUAAUGCAGAAAAAUAAUGGUGACUGUUCGUUGAACGUUCAUGUUCGCUGGUAUGAAAAGUUACACAACUGGGAUCAGGCAUUGGACCUUUACAGUAAGAAACUAGAAAUAGAACCACAAGAUGUCGAGUCGAGGAUGGGUAUGAUGCGAUGCUUGGAGGCCAUGGGUGAAUGGCGGAAGUUGUAUAAUAUAACUACUGAGCAGUGGGAUUCAAUGGCAGAUGAUAACAAAAAUAAGUCUGCAAAAAUGGCUGCUGCCGCAUCUUGGGGUCUUCAGGAGUGGGAUUCUAUGAAAAAAUACGUACAGUGUAUCCCAGAAGACAACCAGGAAGGAGCAUUUUACAGAGCAAUUCUAUCCAUACACGAGGGACAGUGGUCGGAGUCGAGACACUACGUUGACUUAGCAAGGAAUUUAUUAGAUGCUGAAUUGUCAGCCGUUGUUGGAGAAAGCUAUCAAAGAGCGUAUGGAGCAUUGGUAAAUGCCCAACUAUUGACGGAGCUGGAAGAAGUAGUAACAUAUAAACUUGUAGAAGAAAGGAGGAGUAUCUUACACCGAACUUGGUGGACGAGACUUCAGGGCGGUCAACGUUUAGUAGAAGAUUGGCGAAAAAUGCUUCAAAUACGGAGCUUAGUAUUAACCCCGCGCGAAGAUUUUCAGACUUGGUUAAAGUUUGCGUCACUUUGUAGAAAAACGGGUGCAAUAAGUCAAGCGCAUAAAAUAGUUCUUUCAAUAUUAGGUAGCGAUCCGGUGACUAACCCUGACGUAUUACUACAUGCACAGGAUCCUAGAAUCGUUUUAGCGUACAGCAAAAAUUUUUGGGAUGUUGGAAAUAAACGCUACGCUUACGAUGUAUUACAAAGGCUCGUAGACACAUCUAAGCCAGAUAAUGAAGACCAGUGUAAAUUGCUUGCACGGUGCCAUUUAAAACUUGGCUCCUGGUGUGAAUCUCUUCAAGAAAUUAAUGAACUUUCUAUUCCGGAAAUUUUGAGGAAUUAUAAUGAAGCUAUUAUUCUAGCCCCUGAGUGGUAUAAGGCCUGCCACGCAUGGGCUUGUAUGAACUUCGAAACUGUUUUGUUCUACAAACAACAAGACAAUAUUUCGGAGAGCAGUAUAGCCGGGAGCUCGAGUGAGAAAAAGAUAUCACGUGCAGAGUUUAUCAACAGCUAUACUAUACCAGCUAUUGAAGGUUUCUUCAAAUCCAUUAGUCUAUCAAAUGGAAACUCUCUUCAAGAUACGUUGAGACUACUUACGCUAUGGUUCGAUCAUGGCCAUCAUCCAGCAAUAUAUGAUGCGUUAUUCGAAGGUGUCAGACAGAUUGACGUUAAAAUAUGGUUACAAGUGAUACCACAACUAAUAGCACGAAUAGAUUCGCCUAGAAGUUUAGUUGCUAAAUUGGUGCACAUUCUACUCAUAGAUAUUGGAAAAACGCAUCCACAGGCGUUAGUUUACCCUUUGACUGUCGCUACUAAAUCUUCCUUUGUUACGAGAAAAUCUGCCGCAAAUUAUAUUCUCAAAACUAUGAGUACUCACUCACAUAGGCUAGUUAACGAGGCUGCUAUAAUAUCAGAGGAAUUAAUCAAAGUAGCCAUGUUAUGGCACGAUCAAGUUUACACCGCACUGGACGACGCUUCUAGGUUGUACUACAGUGAGAAAGAUUAUAGGGGAAUGUUCCGCACCCUCGAUAAAAUGCACGCGAUGCUCGAUCGUCCGCCGGAGACUUUGAAGGAGGUUUCUUUUCUACAAAUGUACGGACGAGAUCUACAGGAGGCCCAUCGGUGGUGCGAAUUGUACAAGGAAAGCAACGAGGAGCGGUUUCUGAACGAGGCGUGGGACCUGUACUGCCACGUGGUGCGGCGCAUCGGCCAGCAAGUGCGCUCGCCCACGUCGCUGGAGCUGCAGUACGUGAGUCGCCGCCUGCACAACUGCCGCGACCUGGAGCUGGCCGUGCCCGGCUCCUACGUGCCCGACCAGCGUCUCAUACGCAUUGCCACCAUCGACACGCACUUGCAGGUGAUCAAAUCGAAACAGCGGCCUCGUCGUCUGACCAUUCGAGGUUCCGAUGGGAAACAGUACAUGUUCCUUCUGAAAGGUCACGAAGAUUUGCGUCAGGACGAAAGGGUCAUGCAGCUGUUCGGACUUGUCAACACGCUCCUCCAGGUGGACACGAGCACAAAUAGACACGAUCUUGCCAUACAGAGGUACGCAGUCGUACCUCUGUCUCCUAACUCAGGAUUGAUCGGUUGGGUGCCGCAGUGCGACACGCUAUACAAUUUAGUCAGUGACUACAGGGAUAAAAAGUCGAAUAAGUUGACUCUAACCAAGGAACAGCAGAUCAUGAUGAGCAUGGCGUCUGACUACCAGAAAUUAAUGCUGAAACAUAAGGUGGAAGUUUUUGAAUACACACUUUCUCAGACACCUGGAAAUGAUCUGUCACGGCUUCUUUGGUUGAAGAGCCCAUCUGCUGAGGCGUGGUUCGAACGACGCACGAAUUACACGCGUUCGCUGGCGGUUAUGAGCAUGGUGGGCUACAUAUUGGGACUCGGAGAUCGGCAUCCCUCUAACAUCAUGCUGCAUAGAGUGACCGGCAAAGUUCUUCAUAUAGAUUUCGGAGACUGUUUCGAGGUCACGCAAACUAGAGAAAGGUUUCCAGAGAAGAUUCCGUUUAGAUUGACAAGAAUGUUAAUCGAUGCAAUGGAGGUAACUGGAAUUGAAGGCACAUAUCGUUUUACAUGCGAGUCGGUGAUGCAUGUUCUCCACAAGCAUAGAGAUAGCGUCAUGGCGGUCCUGGAAGCUUUUGUCUAUGACCCGUUGCUCAACUGGAGACUAAUAGAUAACGAAAAGCACUCUAUUACGGAGUCGACUUUCUCCUCAGAUAUAGAUUCCUCUUACUCCCUUCCAAGCAGAAGCCGUAACCAUUUACACUAUGAGUCUUUGGAAAUGCCGGCCGAAUCUAAUCUCAAUAAACGCGCAUUGGCGAUAUUGAACAGAAUACGGGACAAAUUGACUGGGAGGGACUUCCCUCACAUAGAAGCAGUAGUCAGUGUACCGAAACAAGUGGAUCUCUUGAUAAAAAUUGCUACGAACAAUGAAAACUUGUGCCAGUGUUAUAUGGGGUGGUGCCCGUUUUGGUGAAAAGUUGUUGUGUAUGAUAGUUUGAGUUUCACAGUUAUCUUUUUAAAAGUGCAUAUUGUUAAAGUUCCUAGAAUAUAAACAAGUCACGUUAUGAAUACGUAAGUAUUCUAUAUUAUCUUAACUUUGAAAACAUUUCAUAAGUACUCGUAUUUACUCAUAAUGACUAUAAGGUGCCUAUAACAGGUGGUUAUCUUUUGCUUACAUAACAUUUGGACGUUUAAUGCACUUUAAAUUUAUUUAUUACCGAUUUAUAUAUCAAGAUUUUUAUUAUAAUAUAUUAUACACACUGUUUAAUUUAAGAACUCACAUUUCAAACAUAAUAGCGAAAGUAACAAUUAAAGAACAAUUGUUCUCCUGGUACAUGUAUAAUAUGAAAACUGGCUAAAAGCGAUAUAAAAUCCAUCUCAGCCUAAUAUUGCACGAGCCUGCUCUUUGGUUUUGAAGUUCCUUAUGUGAUAUGUAUUUCUUGUCGGUAAUUAUUGUAAUCAGUCAUCUUACUUAUAUUAUGAAUGUUGAGAUGUUUUUUAUUUAAUCAAGCACAGGACGGAUUUUGAAUAGAGAGAGAGAGAGAGAGAGAGAGAGAGAGAUUCUUAACUCCUACCAUUAGACGUGCGGGUAAAGCCGCAUGCGGUAGCUAAUUCUAUUUAAUUCCUAUCAUAUGCCAAUGCCAAAUUUCAUAUAUUUAUAUAAUUCCGGUAACGUAUAUAUUAUAAUACUGAAACGAUUAUUUACUUAGAAAUUGACAAAUAUAAAAAGUAUUUUUUAAAUGUCUAAAUGUUCUUUGUCGUUCUAAUGUAAUCAAUUAAAUUAUUUAAAUUCUUAUAAAUAAUGCAAAAAAUAAAAUGGUAUUUGAAGUUUAAUUUAAACUAUUAAACAGAACGCUGAAGUAUCAUUAAGGAUUAAAAUUCUGUCAAUCUCUUC